AUGGAGUGCGCCGACAAGGCGCUGCUGCCGGCGGUGUACCGGGAGGUCGGCGCGGCGCUUCACGCGACGCCCGCGGGGCUAGGCGCUCUGACACUGUGCCGCUCCAUCGUGCAGGCCGACUGCUACCCGCUGGCCGCCUACGCCGCUGCGCGCCACAACCGAGCCCACGUCAUCGCCGUCGGGGCCUUCCUCUGGGCCGCCGCCACGUUUUUCGUCGGAGUAUCGGACACCUUCCUACAGAUUGCGAUCUCACGCGGCCUGAACGGGAUUGGCCUAGCUCUGGUGGUGCCAUCGAUCCAGUCACUGGUGGCCGACUCCACCGAUGAGGCGACGCGCGGCUCGGCGUUCGGGUGGCUGGUGCUCGCCAGCAGCCUCGGGUCCAUCUUUGGCGGUUUCGUCGACCUGCUCCUGGCGCAGACCACGGUUCUCGGCGUCGCCGGCUGGCGUGUCGCGUUCCACCUCGUGGCGGCCAUCAGCGUUGCUGUCGGGGCCCUGAACUGGUUCCUCGCCGUGGAUCCCCAUUUCCCGCCGACGAGCGAGAGCGUUGACGUUCCGGCGGUCGGCAAGCGGCCCGCCACCGCGCGGCAGGUGCUCGCGGAGAUGAUCGAGGAUGCCAGGCUCGUGGUGUGGAUCCCGACGUUCCAGAUCUUCGUGGCGCAGGGGGUCAGCGGCUCGUUCCCUUGGUCGGCUCUCUCCUUCGGGACCAUGUGGCUGGAGCUGAUCGGCUUCAGCCACGGCGACACCACCAUGCUCAUGACCAUCUUCUGGGUGGCCAGCUCCCUCGGCGGCCUGCUUGGCGGAAAGAUGGGCGACGCCCUCGCCGUACGGUACAAAGACGACGGCAGGAUCGUCCUGUCCCAUAUCAGCGCCGGCUCGGCAGUUCCCUUGGCCGCCGUGCUGCUGCUGGGGCUCCCCGAGGACCCGUCCGCCGGCGUUGCCUACGGCGUCGUCCUGUUCGUCAUGGGCGUCUUCAUCUCCUGGAACGGUCCGGCGACAAACUUAUCGUCCCUGAGAAAUCAAGAACCAGCAUAUAUACAUGCCCUCGACGGGACAUUGGAGUCCGUGCUAGCAUCCUUCGCGCCUCCGAUCGUGGGCCUCCUAGCUCAACGUGUGUUCGGCUACAAUCCAGACGACAAGGGGAAGAGCGUUCAGCGGGAUCGGCAGAACAAGGCCUACCUGGCCAAGGCGUUGUACACGUCCACGGCCAUACCAUUCAUAGUCUGCACCUCCAUAUACUCGUUCUUGUACUGCAGCUACCCCAGGGACAGGGACCGUGCGCGCAUGCAGUCUUUAGUGGAAUCGGAGUUGCGACAGAUGGAGGAGCAAGGAUCUUCUUGCCCGGAAGACGGCAAUGGACAUCGGGACGAUGGUCCAAUAGCUAGUGUUACCUGUGAUAGUAAGGAGCUGCGUGAGGCCGAGAUGGAUACUGUGAGAUUGUUGGCAGACCAUGACCAUGAACCGUGA